AUGAAGAAGGGAUCAAUGAAGAAGAUGGAUGAACUCAACACCCUUGGCGUUGAAGGAUGCGCGAUUGUGGAGGAGGAAAAUCAAGAGGUUUGUCCCAAUGAGGCAAAGGCUGAGAGUGUGGUGGCCCGAUUUAACAUGAUGUCAGAUGUGAAUCCGUCCAAAAGGAUGGAAAAUCAGGAGGUAAUUUUUAAUAAAAUAAUUUCUGAUUUAGAGGAAAAACUGAAUAAACAAAUCAAAGCUAAUAAAGAAAAAGAGAGUACUUUGUUGAUGUAUGGUUACCUUAAUGGAGAAGUGAGUCCGGAAAGAAAAUUGGGAGUGGAUGAGCACAAUGAUCUUAAUAGGGUGAUUGAUCAAAAGUUGGAAGAAAUUGGUGAGAGGAUGCGAGCGCUUUCGGCGGUUCAAGAUUCAGUUAAUCCUUCAAGGGUUAAGGGAGAUGUAGCUGAAUGA